ACCCUCGUGAGCCCAGCUAUACAACCUCCGCUCCUCCUCGAUCCCGUCCUCGUUCACUCCGCAUCCGCAGCCGAAUUCCCCCGUCUCGACCGCUCAGUCCCCCGGACCACCGGACCUCUCCUCGCCUUGCCAUGGCAGCCGCAGCACUGAGGGCGCAGCUCAACGCUCAUAUCGCCGGCAUGUACACCGAGGGUGUCGUGGACGAGGACACGUUCGAGGAGCUGCGGGACGAGGGCACCGCCGUCGAGGUCUCCCGCCUCUUCAUCUACGACGCCUCCGAGAUCAUCGAUGACAUCGACAUCCUGAUGGAGGAGCCCGAAGUGGACUUUGACGAGGUGGAAGCCCUGACGCAGCAGCUCAUGCGGUGCACCUCCAGUUUGUCCACAGCAUUGAUGUUGUUUUUUAUUUGGAUGUGUCGGCACGGGGUGCGUGCCUCACGACACGGCCGCACAAUUGAGUGUUGGUGCACAGCAAGUGAACCUCGCCUGCAUGCACUUCGGCAAUUUCUAUGCCAUACAAUGCAAACAAGGGUGUCUUGUGUCAUUUUCUCUUGUUAGGAAUGAGUUCUAUAUUGUGCGACAUGAGUUGGAGAUCAUGAUGCAGCUCGAAGAGCAGAUCACGGCAUGUGGUCCUAACUCCUAAGUAGCGGCAAGUGAAGGGGGAAGAGUGUGGCCCCAUGCAAUCCCUUUCAUUAUGCGUUCCAUGUGUCUCUGCUGAUGUAGCGGUUUUUAAAGGGUGCGCGUAAAGCUUAGAUGAAUAUUCUCGUGUCGGAACUUUGGGCUCGUAACCCUGUGAACGGAAACUGUUGUCGUGUGUUGAUGUCGGUGUGAAGUCCAUAUUCUAGUGUGACGUGGAUGUGUUGCCGCCCUUCCUAUGGGCUGUUUAUAAAACAUAUACCUGGCUGGUUUGUCCUCUAGUGACUUUGUUUUGUUGUAUGUUCUAUUUGUUUUUCUCUACAAACAAGUCUUGUUGUUGGUUGUUGUA